UUGAACUACUCUCCAAACUUUACCACCCUACCAACUGGUCAUACUACACUCGCAUAUCACGAACCAUCAGUUACUCGUCCUCUCCUUUCUCGAGCCCUUGAGCCCUUGUUUCCAUCAUGCACCAACUCAUCUCUCAUUUCGGCCUGAAGUUCUAUCUCUUCGAUCUUCAAGGCGUCCUCACAUACGAGCUCACUAAGGACGGCAGAUCCGCGAAGACAUAUGAGAUCUCAGAGACCGACGUCAAAUUUGCAAGUAGCAGCGAGGACAGUAUCAUUGACAACCUCCAGCCUGCAAAGGCAGGCCUCGAUAUCAGUGCUGUGGGCAUUCAACUGCACCUUCUCAGGAACGAUGGGCUGUUACGUAUGUGGUUCGAAGGAAGGGAGGGAUGUACAGCAGAUUGGACUUUCGAUGGCUUGAAGGCGACGACCAAUGGAAGGAUGACCGCGUCAGCCGGUGCUCAGACGUGCGUCGACCUCGAUAAGUGCAUUCUCUGCGGCAUCAAGGAAACAAAGCGGAGCGACAUGCGAAACUGUGCGUCCCAGACCGAAGUAGUGACCGUACAGAGCGUGUCUUUCAGCGCCGACGCUGCACAGCAGACGACAAAAGAGUCAAGAUGGCUUGACAACCUCAGUCCAAGAGCAACGCCAGCGCCCAGAACAAGCAUGAAGGCAGCACUCGCGACCAUGCGAAAUGGCACCAGUCAAAAAGAGAGCACCAAAGAAGUAGCCAUCAGAUCGAAGCGCAGAGCGUUGUCACCACCACACAGUGAUGUGCCGCUGCACAAGCGGGCCAAAAGCAGGCAUGACUCGAAGCCAUGGCCGCGAGUUAUAUACAUGGACUGCUACCGCACGUACCCGAACAGCCAUGGCGCCGGGCUACUUGUCAUCGACAUCGAAAAGGCUACCGUGACAUAUGAGGAUCACUACAAAACCAAAGUCGCCAACCACACGGAGCAAAGGCAGAUACAUCUCGACGACGAGCAUAUCGUGACGAAGUACGUCUGGAAAAAACCCAGCCACCACUGGAGGGGUGACGUGAGGCAAGCCACUCAUACUCUCAAAAUUAGCCGCUUGAUCAGGAGUGGCGGCUUAUCGCCGCUGAUGAAGCUAGAUGUUGGGUCGCCUGAGUGGAAGAUCUGGUACCACAACGCGCAUGUUCCUGGCAGCAAGCACUACAUCAACGAUCCUGAAAUCGUCGUCGAUGCCAUCAUACACUGCAUCGACCGCACCUCUGGACGUCAAGCCGUCCACAAUCCCGAGGCAGACCACACGCGGGAUGGUGCGAACUCGGAAUCCGCAUGGCAGCUGCAUCGACGGGAUUGGAAGGCGAAGUACAAGGUCUUUGAGCCUAACAAAACAGCGUCUACAAUAUCCUGAAGGGGUGCCGUUGGACAGGCAACAAACUUCAACACUGGGAGCUAGAGCAAGAUGCCGUAACGGGCACAAGCACAUUGCCGAGGGGAAGUUCAGAAAUCCUAAUCGGGGCUUGGCGUCUGCAAAAAUACGCUUGGGACAAUGAGGGUAGGGCUGAAUAGAUUC